AUGAUCUCAAAAUCAGAAGUGACAUUGAUCCCUUGGGAUCCGCUGUCUGAGUCCCACCGAGAAUGGCUUUAUAAACAGCGUGUGGAAUGUUCUUGGGAUAUGGACAAGGUCGAAGAGAUAUGGAGAGAUGCGCAGAUUAAAGGCGAGAAAUGCAUCUAUUGGAUUGUCCUCCCACCCAGUGACUUGGAGGGAGUUGGAAGUGACAAGCUGGUUGACACGGCUGCAUCUAUCAAUGCAGUUCCACGCCAACCUUCACAAAUAGAGUUUGUUCCUAUUGGGCAUAUCUCUUUGGACUCGAAAUGUCAAGAAUCCGACCGUAUCGAACUCGAAAUUCCCACCGAAGGUGUCUUCUGGAUCAAGACUUUCUUUGUCUCGCGUUCCAGGCAAGGCAAGGGAAUCGGACGAGCAGCUAUGGAUGAAGUUGAGGGCCUGGCUGCUCGAGAGCCUCUAUGUGCUAAGACUUUGCUGCUGUCCACACUUGUAAGAGAAGAUCAGAUGCGAGGGGAAUAUGCUAAGGUUGCGUUUGGAGCUUCCCCCAAGAUUAUCAACCAGGACUGGUAUAGUAGACGGGGUUACAGGUCUAUCAAGAUUGUGGAGAACUUCUUCGAUGUCAGGGAUAAAACCGGCAAGAGAUGGGACACGAAGGCCAUAUUCAUGCGAAAGGACAUUGCAUAA